AUGAAGCCGGCGCUGGAAGCUCUGCGCCAGCCGCUCUUGAAUUGCUCCUCCGCUCCCUCAGAGCCGCUCUGUGCCUACCUGGCUCUUGACUUCAGCUCUCUAAAGUCCCCCUAUAGUUCCCACACUCUGCUUGCAACUGUGUCCCCGCAGAGCCGCCCUGCUCACCGUCCCCAGCCCAGCCCCACGACGUCCUUCGCCCUAUUGAUGUGCGCUAUAGCCGAACAGGGCGAAGAGACGAGAAUUGUAUUCGACAGACGCUGCUCACUCGUGAAUAACAGGUUCAGCGCAUACGGUAUCUCUCGCCAUUAUCCUGCCAUGUGGCUCGAAGCGCACUACCAGGAGGCCGAGAAGCUAAGGGGUCGCCCGCUGGGGCCGGUUGAUAAAUACAGGGUGAGGAAGAAGUUUCCGCUGCCCAGGACCAUUUGGGAUGGCGAGCAGAAGACGCACUGCUUCAAGGAGAGGACUCGCAGCCUCCUGAGGGAGUGGUACCUGCAGGACCCUUACCCCAACCCCAGCAAGAAAAGGGAACUGGCUCAGGCCACGGGGCUCACCCCCACGCAAGUAGGCAACUGGUUCAAAAACCGAAGGCAAAGAGACAGAGCAGCGGCGGCUAAAAACAGGGUUGCCUCCCCGGGACAGGACCUUCCUCCUGUCCUGCCGCAGACCCCAGAGUAUUUAUUUGCCCGCUGGAAAAUAUUUAGUCAGACAUUCGCCGGAGCGAAACGUGGGGACCCUUCUCCGUCCACGGCGGCCAGCCCGACCACCAGCGUCUCCAGUUUGACAGAAAGAGCCGAGACAGGCACCUCCAUCCUCUCGGUAACCUCCAGCGACUCGGAAUGUGAUGUAUGA